GAGUAGAGCAGGACCAAGAGGUGUUCUGUACCUGUCUGUCCAGGAGGGAGGAGAGUAGAGCAGGACCAAGAGGUGUUCUGUACCUGUCUGUCCAGGAGGGAGGAGAGUAGAGCAGGACCAAGAGGUGUUUGGUACCUGUCUGUCCAGGAGGGAGGACAAGGCCUGGUGGACUUGGAGAGCAGAGUUCUGACUCAAUGAGGUGCAGAGAGGCUACUGAACCUACUGUCUUUCUCUCUCUCUCUGUCUCUCUCUCUCUCUCUCUCUCUCUCUCUCUCUCUCUCUCUCUCUCUCUCUCUCUCUCUCUCUCUCUGUCUCUCUCUCUCUCUCUCUCUCUCUCUCUCUCUCUCUCUCUCUCUCUCUCUCUCCAGCGCUCUGCACAGUCAGCAGUGGAGGACAGUGAUCAGAUCUUUACUGAGCUGAUCCGCUCCAUUGAGAGAAGGAGCUCUGAGGUGAAGGAGCUGAUCAGAGCCCAAGAGAAGGCUCAAGUGAGUCAAGCUGAAGGACUCCUGGAGCAACUGAAGCAGGAGAUAGCUGAGCUGAGGAAGAGAAGCACUGAGCUGGAGCAGCUCUCACACACAGAGGAUCACAUCCGUUUCCUCCAGAGGUAUCAGUCUCUCUCCAGUAUCAGUGUAUCUUCAGACUUACCCAGCAUCGUUGUCCGUCCUCUUCAGUACAUUGGAGAUGUGAGUAAGACUGUGUCUGAACUGAGAGAGAAACUAGAAGACUUCCUUAAACGAGAAUGGACCAAGAUCUCCACUACAGUGAAAAUAGUAGAUGUUGUACUGCCUCCAGAGCCCAAGACCAGAGAACAGUUGUUACAAUAUUUCUGUCAGCUCACACUGGACCCAAACACAGCACACACACACCUCUCUCUGUCUGAAGGGAACAGAAAGGUGACCUGUACAGAGCAAGUCCAACCACAUCCUGACCAUCCAGACAGAUUCACCUACUACAGUCAGGUUCUGUGUAGAGAGGGUCUGUCUGGACGCUGUUACUGGGAGGUGGAGUCGAGUGGUAAUGUUGUUGAUACAGCAGUCUCAUAUAAAGAUAUCAGCAGAACAGGGACAGAUGGUGCAUUUGGAAACAAUAACAAGUCCUGGAGUUUAGAUUACAAUGGUGGUGGUCAUUGUUUCAGACACAAUAAUGUUGGGACUAAAGUAUCAGGCCCUCAGUCCUCCAGAGUAGGAGUGUACCUGGAUCACAAGGCAGGUACUCUGUCCUUCUACAGUGUCUCUGACACAAUGACCCUCCUCCACAGAGUCCAGACCACAUUCACUCAGCCCCUCUAUCCUGGGUUUUGUCUCUCUGGUACUGCUGAGCUGGUUAAACUGUAGUAGGGUCCACAUAGAUACUAGUCAUGCUGGUGUAGUCUAUAGCUGAGCUGGUUAAACUGUAGUAGGGUCCACAUAGAUACUAGUCAUGCUGGUGUAGUCUAUAGCUGAGCUGGUUAAAAUGUAGUAGGGUCCACAUAGAUACUAGUCAUGCUGGUGUAGUCUAUAGCUGAGCUGGUUAAACUGUAGUAGGUUCCACAUAGAUACUAAUCAUGCUGGUGUAGUCUAUAGCUGAGCUGGUUAAACUGUAGUAGGUUCCACAUAGAUACUAGUCAUGCUGGUGUAGUCUAUAGCUGAGCUGGUUAAACUGUAGUAGGGUCCACAUAGAUACUAGUCAUGCUGGUGUAGUCUAUAGCUGAGCUGGUUAAACUGUAGUAGGGUCCACAUAGAUACUAGUCAUGCUGGUGUAGUCUAUAGCUGAGCUGGUUAAACUGUAGUAGGGUCCACAUAGAUACUAGUCAUGCUGGUGUAGACUAUAGCUGAGCUGGUUAAACUGUAGUAGGGUCCACAUAGAUACUAGUCAUGCUGGUGUAGUCUAUAGCUGAGCUGGUUAAACUGUAGUAGGGUCCACAUAGAUACUAGUCAUGCUGGUGGUGAUGGUCCCCAGAUGUGAUGAUUCAUUCUGCUCUGUUUUAUCUACAAUGAUUCAACUGAUUUGAUCUUCAGAAGAUGUUAUGAAUUAAAAUUCAAUGUUUUCAUAUUUUUGUAAUUGCAAUGUUUAAAUCUUGUACAUUUCCAUGAAUCAUGAUGUCUGGUGUUGAUGUAUAUUGGUUGUCAUUCAGAACCAUUGAUAUGUUUUUUCAGUUGGUUCUCUGUCUCCAUGUAAUUCUCCUCAGUAUCAUUGAUCAGCUUGUUGGCUCGGUCCUAAUUGAUGUGUUCUCUGUCACCUGGAGCUGCAUUGAAAAUGGUCCAGGAACUAAAGGACAAUUCAGGACUAGUCAGCCCACUACAAGCUGGUAUCACUUACUUUCUACUCAACUAUAUGGUCUGGUUUCACAGACACAGAUUAAUCCUAGUCCUGGACUAAACAGUAUGUUCAAUGUAGAUGUCCAGGAAACCGGCCCUAAAUGUGUCAUCUUUCACCCUCCCAUACUGCUCAGUCCAGCAACAUUAAACCUGUCCAGCAGGUGGUGCUGUUGACCAAACAAUAAAACCAGCAGAUAUCUUGACUUGCCACUCAGUAUAUCAGUAAUGUUCAGAAUAGUACUUUAAUAUCAUUGGAGAUUGAUGGUCUUUUUAAUCCACUAUCCAGAGUCAGGAACAGAUGAAGUUAGGUCUGCUACUGUUCAGUGAUUAAAUAUGAUUUAUGGUGAUGGGAAAUAAUAAAAAACACUCAACUUCA